GUUAUCUCAGUAGGAAGAGAAGACUCCAAUGGAUCCAGUGGUGGCCCUGGUUCUUGGUGUCUCCUGUCUGCUUCUCCUCUCAGUCUGGAGACACAGAUCAGGGAGGGGGGAGCUCCCUCCUGGCCCCACUCCUCUCCCAAUUAUUGGAAAUAUUCUGCAGAUAGAUGUUAAGGACAUCAGCAAAUCCUUAAGGCAUUUGUCAAAAGUCUAUGGCCCUGUGUUCACCCUGUAUUUGGGCAUGAAGCCCAUUGUGGUGUUGCAUGGAUAUGAAGCUGUGAAGGAAGCCUUGGUUGAUCAUGGGGAGGAAUUUGCUGGAAGAGACUCUAUCCCAAUUUUAAAAAGAAGAAAGAAAAACAUUGGUAUCGUUUUUAGCAAUGGAAAGACAUGGAAGGAGAUAAGACGCUUUUCCCUCAUGACCCUGAGGAAUUUUGGGAUGGGGAAGAGAAGCAUUGAGGACCGUGUUCAAGAGGAAGCCCGCUGCCUUGUGGAGGAGUUGAGGAAAACCAAUGGCUCACCCUGUGAUCCCACCUUCAUCCUGGGCUGUGCUCCUUGCAAUGUGAUCUGCUCCAUUAUUUUCAAGAACCGGUUUGACUACCAAGAUCCAGAUUUUCUCACUUUGAUGAACAAGAUAAAUGAAAACGUCAGGAUUCUGAGCUCUGCAUGGGCGCAAGUCUACAAUAAUUUCCCUGCUCUCAUUGAUUAUCUGCCAGGGCGUCAUCACAUUUUAUUCAAAAAUAUUGAUUAUAUUAUAAAUUAUAUUUUGGAGAAAGUGAAAGAACAUGAAGAAUCCCUGGAUGUUAAUGAUCCUCGAGACUUCAUUGACUGUUUCCUGAUAAAAAUGGCUCAGGAAAAGGACAAUCAAGGGUUGGAGUAUACGUAUGAAAACUUGGUAUAUGCUGCCUCUGAUUUGUUUAAUGCUGGCACAGAGUCAACAAGUACAACACUGAGACAUGCUCUCCUGCUCCUGCUGAAGCACCCACAGGUCACAGCUAAAGUCCAGGAAGAGAUUCAGUGUGUGAUUGGCAGACACCGCAGCCCCUGCAUGCAGGACAGAAGCCGCAUGCCCUACACAGAUGCUGUGUUGUAUGAGAUCCAGAGAUACAUUGAUCUCCUUCCAGUCAACCUGCCCCAUGCAGUGACUUGUGAUGUUAAAUUCAGAAAUUACCUCAUUCCCAAGGGCACAGCCAUAUGGACCUCACUGACAUCAGUGCUCCAUGACAACAAAGAAUUCCCCCACCCAGAGAUAUUCGACCCUGGGCACUUUCUGGAUGAGCAUGGCAACUUGAAGAAAAGUGACUACUUCAUGCCUUUCUCAUCAGGAAAACGGAUGUGUGUGGGAGAGAGCCUGGCCCGCAUGGAGCUGUUUUUAUUUCUGACUACCAUUUUACAGCACUUUCAUCUGAAAUCUCAGGUUGACCCAAAGGAACUCAAUAACACCCCAAUAGCCAAUGGAUUAACCUCUCUUCCUCCCCUAUACAAGCUCUGCUUCAUUCCUGUGUGAAACAGAGCAGACCAUGUGGCUGCUGCUGUGCUCUUGUCUGCAGUCCCUUCCCCCAGGGCAUCGUCCACAUCCUUUCCCCAUCUGUGAUGCAUUCUUGACCUCUCCUCUGCAUCUCCUCAUUCUAGAGAGUAAGGGAGCACACAUCUUGCUUUAUAGAGUUUUUUUUCUUUCUGGUCAUUGUACAGAUAUACCCGUUCUUUCCUGUGUUCUAUAAUACUUUUAUUGAUCACCCCAAGUAAUAACAUGGAUCUAAUGCUGAGUUAUUGAUACAUUAUCAGUGUAAAACAUCAUGGUCAUUUAGAAUAUGAUCUGUCAGAACCAUCUAUCCCAUGCAUGUUCUUAAUAAAAUACAUAAUUGAUGUCUGGA